GUAUGGUGACUUGUAGGUUUGAGGAGGAGAUUUCUAAGUUUGCUCUUGAGUUUGAUAGCAAACUGAGUGCAACGAAUGUCAGUAUGACAGCAAGGCAGUUCAGCCUGGCAAUUGGGAAUGGGCAACAGCGAUUGCUUGUAUUAGUAGUGAGGGUUGGAAUGUGCCUCCAUUUUUAGUAGUGCAAGGGAAGAAUCAUCUCACGAAUUGGUACACUGAGGCCGACCUCCCAAACGACUGGGUGAUUAAGCCAACAAUUAAUGGAUGGACAAAUAAUGAGACGGGUCUAGAAUGGAUCAAACACUUCGAUAAACACACUGCUACUCGUGCGAAGGGUCCAUAUCGAAUGCUUGUGUUAGAUGGGCACAAGAGUCACGAAUCGGCCGAAUUUCAGGAGUAUUGUAAGGCUCAUAACAUUAUUACUCUUUGUUUGCCUCCUCACUCGUCCCAUCUUACCCAGCCACUUGACGUUGGGUGUUUUAGUGUGUUGAAAAGGGCAUAUGGGCGACAAAUCGAGACCUUUAUUAAGGCUCAUAUUAACCAUAUUACUAAGGUCGAGUUCUUCCUUGCCUUCCAAGCAGCGUUUAUAGAGUCAAUAACGACCCAAAACGCUCAGGCUGGAUUCCGUGGAGCUGGCCUAGUGCCUUUCAACCCUCAAGCUGUUAUUUCAAAGCUCGAUGUGAAGUUACGGACUCCAUCUCCUGCUUUACCCCUCCCUGCCGACGCCGACCCUUGGGUCUCCCAGACACCUCACAACCCUACCGAGGCCCUCUCACAGACAACUCUUGUGAAGCAAAGGAUUGCCCGUCACCAGGGAAGCUCGCCAACACCUCUUUUUGAGACAGUCUUUGCGUUAGCAAAGGGCACUGAGCGAUUAGCUCACCAGAAUACCCUUUUAACAGAGGAGAUCCGUACACUUCGAGCAGCAAAUGAAGCGCUUAGCAAGCGUCGCAGGGCUAAAAAUAACCGUAUCCGUGAAGGAGGUGCACUUACAGUAGAGGAUGCAUACGAUAUUUUGUCUCAGCAGGAGGUAGAUGAGCAGGUUCGACGCGACUGACGUGCAGAGAGGGGCAAUCAGGUUGAGGGACAACCGUCUGGACGGUGCUGUGGCACUUGCGGAAAGGCUGGCCAUAACGCGCGAACUUGUAAAAUAGAAGAAGAUGUAUCUAGCUCUUUAGAUUUUAAUUUGUAAAAAAUUUACUA